AUGGAUCCCACCGCUCCCGCUGAAUACCCCGCCGAUUCGGCAUACAGUCCUCACAUCGUCAAUGACCAGGAUCAGCCACAAGAGGACACUACCGCGAUCCAGAACGGCCAUCAAUCUCACACUUCCAAUGCUACCGCAACUCCGCCAAUGGACAGCGACUCCAAUCAGAGAUAUAACUCUCCAAGCCUCUACCAGCAACCGACCUCAAGACCUGGUUCUGGAAUGGGCGGACAUCAACAAACACAAUAUCAAGAGAACAGACAGUCACAACCGUCCAGCAAAUCCAGUGUCGUCAUCAAAGUCGGGAUGGUUGGAGAUGCUCAGAUCGGCAAGACGAGUCUAAUGGUCAAAUACGUCGAGGGUAGCUGGGAUGAAGACUACAUACAGACCUUGGGCGUCAACUUCAUGGAGAAGACCAUCUCGAUACGCAAUACAGAAAUCACCUUCUCGAUCUGGGAUCUCGGUGGCCAACGAGAGUUUGUCAACAUGCUUCCCCUUGUCUGCAACGAUGCCGUCGCUAUCCUUUUCAUGUUCGACUUGACACGGAAAUCAACGCUCAAUAGCAUAAAAGAAUGGUACAGACAGGGUAGAGGAUUUAACAAGACUGCCAUACCUUUCUUGAUCGGUACAAAGUACGACCAUUUUGUUAAUUUCCCAAGGGAGGAUCAAGAGGAGAUCAGCAACCAGGCUCGAAGAUUCGCAAAAGCCAUGCGCGCGAGUCUCAUCUUCAGCAGCACAAGCCACAGCAUCAAUGUCCAAAAGAUCUUCAAGAUUGUCCUCUCCAAAGCAUUCGAUCUGAAAUGCACGAUUCCGGAGAUUGAAAAUGUCGGCGAACCGCUGCUGCUGUAUCAGUCGGUCAACUGA